AUGGCGUCGUACCAUAGAGUUCUAAUGACCUUUGAUAGCGAUAUCCACCCAUGGGAUGUGCUAAUAGAUGGCUCACGAUGGAACGGAAAGAUCAGACUCAUUGGCUUUGUCGAUGUGUUUUUUCUUAUCUGUUACUCAGGAGAGUCCCGCUUCGAGAAGGGCAUCAUUAUAUACAAGGAUGAUGAGAUUAUCCAAAAGUUGAUGGACAGUGCGGGCGUGACACCAGAAGGUCUCGGCUUACAGCUCAUGAACGAAAAGGAAGUCAAGGCAGCAGAAGGUGGGAAAAAAGAAGUGUUGAAGAAGUAUUUCGACUUCCAAACAGUGAAAGGAGGUCUUGACUACACAAUCACAAGCCUCGGCCAUGAGGUGGGGGUCAAGACGGAAUACGAUGCAUCAACCUUGAGAAAAUACAUCAUCAAAAUCCGCAAAGGCAGAGAUUCUAUCAUGAAACGUAAGCUUUGCUUGAGUCCUACCAUGCCAUGGAAACAGCUCACGGACGAAUUAUUAGCGAGAAUCCGGAGAGGGGUCAGUCAACAUGACCUCUUUGACCUCAUGCACGACGCAGUUCGGCUGGGAAUCAUCACGCAAGCCGAGCUUAUCGGCCAAAUCAUUGGAAAGACCAUUGGCGGGUCGACGAUGGAAGACGUUACGUCCAAAUAUCUCGAUGCUCUGAUUGGGGCGAGGAACUCCAAGAAUGUUGCACUGGAGGCCGACAGACAAUGA